GACUAUAGUACAGUUACUUUGUUGGUUUUGUGGGUAGUUCCUCUACUGUGCUGCAGGGGGCCCUACCGGGUUUUCUAUGUUAAGGGAUAAAAUGGAGGUAGGCAGUAGAGUAAGAGAUACCUGUUUGGUUAAGAGGAAGCAUGGCUUCCACUUGCAUAACCUUACCACAAAUGGAGUUCAGUUUGAGAAACUAAUGUUUUCAGCUCAAUCAUAAGAACUCUUUUUGUUUCUGUCCUUACCUUGUCGUCUUUACUCUGAAUGCCUCAUCAAUGGCCUAAGAAAAUCUCUUCUUUAAAGCUCUGUACUUAUUGUGGGACAAAACGACAUCAAAGAAUUGCAACGUACUCUAUGUUUUAAGGAGAUUCGGAUCGCUGAUUAUUUAUGCUACCCUUGCUAUCAGACACUUGGAUUUUUUUUUCACCUCCUAUCAUCAUUGAGGACUUCAGUAUUCGGAUUCACCAUAUACUUUGGCUGAAAGACCAAUAUUCAUUCAAUUAGAUACGUUUUUUUCUUUGUUCUCUAUUGUGAUAAAUGAUAAAUGUGACGGGUGGUUUUUGCAGUCAAAAAGACUUUGACUGUUUUUCAUGUACAUGCUGUAAUGAUCUGUGGAUUACCUUUAUUUAAUAUAAACACUUUGUAAUGCACUACGGUGUUUUGUGGCAUUUUCAGUUGAGGUACCCUCCCCUAAAUUAUUAUUUAUUUAUUUUAUUUAUUUUUUUUUGCCCUUGUGAAAAAUUUCACUGGGAUGGUUACAAAAUGGCGCCCGAACAGGGACCCCUCAGCUUUGAAAAAGGCACAGGUGGAAAAUAAUCCGUCUGGUAAAUAGUCGUGGUUCAUUGUUGUAGUUUAUUAACCGUCAUCUGCUAUGGAUAAGGAUGAGUGCGUUGUUGGCAUGGAUUUUUCAUCAGAAACAUUUACAACUAGAAGAGAACCGAUGAGAGAACUGAUAAACACAUAUAUUGAUUCUGAUGAAGACAGUGAGCAAGUCGAGGAUAAUGUUCAUGUGGAUGAUUCAUGUUUUCCUCCUCCGCCUCCACCAAUAGAGGUAAAUGAAGGAGUCAGCCCCAACUGUGACACAACUUUGAUGGAACGUCUUAUUGAGAUUGAAAAUCAAGUGGCUAACAUCGAUCGAAGGGUGAGUGAGCAAGUUUCUUUGGAUGUGCAGUGUAAAAAAUUGGAAGAAAGAUUUCUUAUGUCCAACGUGAAUGUGAAAGAGUCAAGCAACAGAUGGAGCUAAUGGUUAAGGACUUGGGUCAAUCGAUUGUUUAAAGAGAAGAGACCAGCAAUUAGAACACAGAUUUCGGUUGCUGAGCCCAAAUGCUUCUACACCAAGAGUUCCUAAAGUAAAUGUUCCAGUAAAUGUUUCCCAUUCUCCAAUUCAUAAUGCGACUAGCUGUGUUUCCAUUCAAAAUAUCCCUCCUACCAUUCAGUAUAACCCACCUGUAAAGAUGGACUUCCCCAUUUUCACUAAUUCAGUUGAGGAUGAUCCUGUUUUGUUUGUGGAGCAAUGUGAAGAGUAUUUCGCCCGUUCGACCCCUCAGUGAUGAAGAAGUAAUUGCUGCUCUCACUGCUGUUUUAAGAGGCACUGCUAAAGAUUGGUGGAUGGCAGAAAGGAAAAAUGUAGCGAGUUGGAAACAGUUCAAAGAGAAGUUUCUGCUGUCAUUUUUAAGUGAGGAUUACCAGGAUGUGGCUGCAAGAAAGCUUGCUGAAAGAAAACAAGGCCCUAAGGAAAGUUUGAGAGACUUUGCUUAUCACUAUCGUGCACUGUGUUUGAGAUGGAACAAGAACAUGACUGAGAAGGAAAUGAUUCAAGCUAUUUUAAGGAACUGUAAUCCACGGCUAGCUAGUUUACUUCGUGGGACUGUUAAAGAUGUGGGAGAAUUAGUGAGGCUUGGAACCCAAAUUGAGAAGGAUUUCAAUGAAUCAAAGAAGUAUUGGAGCCAAGUCAACAGUGAAGAGCAGAAGAAGAAACCUCCUGUUCCUCCAGAUUUCCAACGCAAAUCCUUACAGGGUGCCAAUAGAGUCGUGUUGCUGGAUCAGAUUUCAGAAGCUCAUGCUUUUAAAAACCUCACCAUUCCAUUAAUACUUCGGAACAGCUAUGUGGCUGCCAUAGUGGAUACAGGUAGCACAUUUUCUCUGAUUCAAAAGUCUUUGUGGAAGAAGUUAAGUGGCCAUGAAGAUUAUCAGCCUAGUGGAGAUCAGACAUUCCUAUUAGCAAAUGGACAGAGGCAAAGUUCUCUGGGUAAAGUCAAUUGGGAGUGUGAAGUCCAAGGGCAGAAGAUGAAUUUGACCUUCUAUGUUAUGCAAGAUUCAGACUUAACCGUACCAAUUAUCCUGGGAAUUGAUUUUUUAUUAAAGUCCGAGAUGGUAUUGGAUUUUAAAAAAGCACAGUUCCAGUUAUCUACCACAACAGAGCCAAAGAUUUUUCCUUUUAUGCACUACAAUGGACACCCUUCCAAUUACUUUUAUUUGGCUAUGCCCACUGCUAGUCUAGAAGACCACCAGCAGAUCUUACGAAUCACACAAAUGGUAGAUUCAGAUUCGAUCAUUCAAAGUAAGUUGGAGGCGUUAAUGUUAAGUUGGCCCACAGUAUGCACUCAACAGCUUGGCAGAACAAACUGUGUCAAACAUCGUAUCACUACCAUAGAUGAGAUUUCCGUAAGAAAAAGAGCGUACAAGGUUUCACUGGAGAAGCACCAGUUCAUUGAGUCUCAAGUUCAAGAGCUUUUGGAGAAACAGAUUAUCUGACGCUCUCUUUCACCCUGGGCAGCACCAGUGGUUGUUGUGCCGAAGAAAGACGGAAGUUCCAGGUUUUGUGUUGAUUAUCGGGGUCUUAAUGCUAAGACCCAUCUAGACGCCUAUCCAAUGCCUCAAAUUCAGGACAUUUUAGAGUCUUUGCAUGGUGCCACUGUUUUUAGCACCCUUGAUUUAAAAAGUGGUUACUGGCAGAUGGAAAUGGAAGUUGACAGUAUUGAGAAGACAGCCUUUGUUACCUCCUCCGGGUUAUAUGAAUUUCUUUGUCUCCCGUUUGGGCUGAAAAACUCUGCCGCAUCAUUCCAAAGACUCAUGGAACACGUGUUGAGGGAGGUUAAAGGAAAGUGCUGCAUGGUCUAUAUUGACGACAUUGUUGUCUAUUCUAAUAACAUUGCUGACCAUCUCAUACAUCUUGAACAGGCGUUUGCAUGUCUUCAUAAGGCCGGUCUCACCCUAAAUCUUAAAAAGUGUAACUUCAUCCAACAUUCUCUUUCAUUUCUUGGACACAUUGUGACACGAGAUGGAGUGAAAACUGAUCCAACCAAAGUCUCUGCCAUUGAAUCCUUUCCUAUACCCCAAAACCUUAAGGAUGUACAAAGGUUUCUAGGACUGGCUGGUUGGUAUCAUCAGUUUAUCCCCGGUUUUUCUGAAAGAGCAGCUCCAUUACACGCCCUGAAACAAAAGAAUGUUAAGUGGAAAUGGACUGAGCAAUGUCAGCAAGCUUUUAAUGACAUUAAACAAGCACUCAUGCAAGCGCCUGUGUUGACCCCUCCUGAUUUUAGCAAGGUGUUUAAAGUUCAAACGGAUGCAAGCGAUAUUGGACUGGGAGCAGUCCUUACCCAGGAUAUUGAAGGGGAAGAGCAUGUUGUUGCUUUUGCAUCACGUUUGUUAAGAGGUGCUGAAAGAUCGUACUCCGUAUCAGAAAAAGAAUGUUUAGCAGUUGUAUGGGCGGUAGAAAAAUGGAGGCAGUAUCUGGAGGGGAGAGUAUUUGAAGUCAUCACUGACCACACUGCUUUGACAUGGGCAUUUCAACACCCUAAACCUUCUUCUCGUCUGAUUCGUUGGACCAUAAGGCUGCAAGGUUUCCAUUUCACUGUGAGGUAUCGAAAAGGACAGUGCAACGUUGUUCCUGAUGUUUUAUCAAGAGGUAUCGACUGCACACCAGAUGUACUGCCACUGAAUCCACAUCUCUACCCUGCAAUUUACCGGUGGAUCUUUCAUAAAUAGCUAUGGAACAGAAUAAUGAUCCAGAAAUCCAAGAGUUAGCAAUCAAAGUCGGAGAACAAUCUACUGAAGAUGUGAUGAGAGUUCAUUAUGUGAUGGAGAAUGGCUUUCUUUUUCGGAGUGUUCCAGAUGGUCGAAAGGGUCAGACAGUGCAAUUAGUCAUCCCCAACGCUUUUAGACAUAUUUUUACAGUAUGCUCAUGACAAUCCUCUCAGUGGUCAUUUAGGGAAGAUGAAAACCUUACUUGGGCUACUAGAAUCGGUAUACUGGCCUAGUAUUCGAAAUGAUGUGUGGAAGUACUGUAAGGAAUGCCAAUCGUGUCAAAAGUACAAAGCUUCUACUACCAAGGCUUCCGGACAGUUACAGAGCACUCCUGUUGUUGAACCGGGAUAUAUGCUAGGUGUGGAUAUCAUGGGACCUUUUCCCCGAAGCUCCAAGCAGAAUGAAUAUCUACUUGUGGUGGUAGAUUAUUUUACCAAGUGGGUAGAGCUAUUCCCAAUGAGAACUGCUAAAGCAUCACUCAUUGCAAGAAUUUUGGUGGAAGAAAUUUUCACGAGAUGGGGAACACCGGCUUAUCUCGUUUCUGAUAGAGGUACACAGUUUACCUCUCACCUUCUUAACCUUUUAUGCAAACAAUGGGGGGUAAUACAGAAACUUACCACUGCAUAUCACCCGCAAACUAAUUUGACGGAGAGAGUCAACAGAAAUUUAAAACCGAUGAUUGCUUCAUAUGUAGGAGAACAACACAAGCAUUGGGACAGAUGGCUAGCAGAAUUCAGAUUUGCUAUAAAUUCAGCAUGGCACGAGAGUACAGGAUUUUCAUCUGCAGAGGUAGCUCUUGGCUGUAAACUGAAAGGGCCAAUGGAGAGAGGCCUCCAAAAACCGCCCAAUCCUGAAAAUCCUGUUUAUCCUACCUUAGACCGUCAGAAACUUCUCAUCGACAUAGUAAGGGAAAACGUGGAACGAGCUCAAGUCAAACAAAAAAAGUACUGUGACCAAAGACACAAAUUAUGUGAAUUUAAAGUUGGAGAUGUAGUUUGGGUUCGUACCCAUCCCUUAUCUAAAGCAGAUGACGGUUUUAUGGCAAAAUUGUCACCAAAAUGGAAAGGUCCAGCAGUAAUUAAAAAGAAAUUAGGUCCGGUAAAUUAUAGUUUCCUUUAUGGAUGAUCCUGACUCCAUAGACUCUUAUCAUCUUAUCACGGUUGGGACAAAUUUUCUAUCGAGGGGAGGAGUAUGUAACCGACUAUAGUACAGUUACUUUGUUGGUUUUGUGGGUAGUUCCUCUACUGUGCUGCAGGGGGCCCUACCGGGUUUUCUAUGUUAAGGGAUAAAAUGGAGGUAGGCAGUAGAGUAAGAGAUACCUGUUUGGUUAAGAGGAAGCAUGGCUUCCACUUGCAUAACCUUACCACAAAUGGAGUUCAGUUUGAGAAACUAAUGUUUUCAGCUCAAUCAUGUAAGUGUAUUGGUUAAUUUUUUGUACUGUGUAACUUUGCAUUAAUAUUGUAAAUGGUUUAAGGGUGAAACUAUGUGGUGUUGUUGUUAAAGGCUAAUACUAGUUUUUGUUUGUUUUGUAGAAGAACUCUUUUUGUUUCUGUCCUUACCUUGUCGUCUUUACUCUGAAUGCCUCAUCAAUGGCCUAAGAAAAUCUCUUCUUUAAAGCUCUGUACUUAUUGUGGGACAAAACAUCAAAGAAUUGCAACGUACUCUGUUUUAAGGAGAUUCGGAUCGCUGAUUAUUUAUGCUACCCUUGCUAUCAGACACUUGGAUUUUUUUUUUCACCUCCUAUCAUCAUUGAGGACUUCAGUAUUCGGAUUCACCAUAUACUUUGGCUGAAAGACCAAUAUUCAUUCAAUUAGAUAAGUUUUUUCUUUGUUCUCUAUUGUGAUAAAUGUGACGGGUGGUUUUUGCAGUCAAAAAGACUUUGACUGUUUUUCAUGUACAUGCUGUAAUGAUCUGUGGAUUACCUUUA